UUAUAAUAAAACUCCCCACUAAAAUGGUGUAUUACAUAUUUGCCCUUUUUCUUUCGUCAAUCAAAAAUAGAACAAUCAAAACCCCUUUCUUUGUUUCGCUCAAACCACAAACCUCAACUCCGCUCAUCUCAUCGCCGUCCGUACACCGCCGCCGCUCGACCCCUCACCACCGCCCGACCCUGCAACUCCUUCUUUUGUCUCGGCUCAAGUGAUACACUUAGUAACUAACAAAAUGUCAUCCCUGAGGAAUGCCAUUAGCAGACGGGCACAUAAAGAACGAGCUCAACCACAAGCAAGGAAAAAAUUUGGAUUUUUGGAAAAACACAAGGACUAUGUUGAGCGUGCAAAAGUAUUCCACAAAAAGGAGGAGACUUUACGGAGACUUAAAGAGAAAGCUUCCUUCAGGAAUCCUGAUGAAUUUUACUUUAAGAUGAUCAACACUCGAACUGUUGGCGGUGUCCAUAAAUUAGAGAGUGAGGCAAACAAAUACACUCCGGAAGAGCUUAUGCUCAUGAAGAGCCAAGAUAUAGGAUACAUACUUCAGAAAGUUCAGAGUGAGAAAAAAAAAAUCGAAAAGCUGAAUGCUGUUCUACACUCUAUUGAUAACGAACCAUCAAAUAGAAAAGUUUACUACGCUGAAGACAGGGAGGAGGCUAAAGAUAUCCAGUCACGUUCUUCAAAGCCUAGAAUACCCUUAGCGUCUGAGGACAUUCCUGAGCGUAUUAAAAGGAAAACAGCAGCUUCCUACAGAGAACUAGAAGCAAGAAAGAAAAGGGUCAAUGAGUUGGAGAAAAUCUACAUGGAUAUGUCAAUGCAGCAGGAAUUGCAGAAAAAGGGUCGGAAGCGCAAACUACGCGAGGAUGAGAUUGUCACGCCAACAUCCAAACCGGUUUUCAAAUGGAGGGCAGAGCGGAAGCGUUGAAAAGAAUAGUGAGACAGUGUGGUUGGAUUGGAUCAAAACAAUUUUGUUUAUAUAAAACAAGUUUGCUUCUACAUUUUAGGCAUGCCAAUUUUCAAAGACAUCUACUUUGGGAAAACUAGGCUCUAGUUAAUCCAGAUUAUUGUAUAACGGUUAUCUCUUUAUUUAUAUAACAAUUUUGUAUGGUGUAUUACCAACUAUGAUUAUUAGUCAAAAUUUUGAUUUAUGAA